CAGUCAAAAAGGGAGUUUCCACAGCACUUAAUCCCAACUGAGACCAUCUGCACAGAGUGCGCAGGCCAGACACCACUUGGCAAACCACAGCUCAUCACCUCAAAAGCCAAAAUUGUGACUGUGAUGGACACAAUAGAAGGAAUAUCAACGUACUGCAAACAUUGCUCUACCUGUGGUAUGGUCUACCGCUACCAGGAGUGGAGUGAUGGAGUACAUAACUUUGAUGACCAUACUAUUCUGUCAUUGCAUCUUUGUGUAUUCCUUCAAAACACUCCAGACCCACCAGUCCAUUGGAAGCGUGGUAGACGUGCUUGAGAAGACCUGUGGAAAAUCCUUCCCGUCCAAACAGAGGAUUUUGAAUGCAUACCUCCAUUAUGAAGCCAUGACAGAUCACACAUAUACCUAUUCGUGUGUGACAUGUGGUUACCAUCCCGUCACAGUUGUCAUGGAUCUCCAUAAGAAAGGAGUGUUCAGUAUGCCUGUAAUCAGCAUUGAGCAACCUCCCCCCGAUUAUGAUGGAAAAGUAAAUGUUGAUGAGUUCUGGGAGUCCGUGUCACUGGAAAUGGUCAGUCGUGGACUGGUGCCAAGUAACAGGCAGAACCCUUUUGUGGUACGACCCAGUUACCAUAAUUGGGCACCAUGGAUUGGUCCACACACAAGCGGCUCAAAUGUGGUCUUAAACACUGAAUACAACAAAAUCAACCAACCACGUCACCCAAAUGAAGCAGCAGAGUUCUUGAUUACAGAGGAAAGACUCACUGAUGAGACUCUUAAACUUAAGAUGGAAGCUGUGCGUAGUCUUUGCAAGGAAUGUGGCAUAGACUCCAAGGGCUCUAGGAUGGACCUAGUUAUGAGGUUGAGAAAAGAAAUGCAGGACCGCUCAACAUACGACAAAGUGUUUUCAAAGGUCUGGGGGGCCUCCGGUGGAUGGGCUGUUGUCACAUGCCCCUGCGCUGUUGUAUAUGGUGUGAAGUUUAACCUGAGGGCUGAGAGCCCUCGAGACUUCGCAGAUUUGCUGCUAUCGAUGAAACACUUACCCAAUGUGACUUUGUAUGACUUUGCAAGGGGCCUGGCAACGCAUACAAACAUUAGGGAACCACAGUCCUUGCCGUUCAGUCCUCACGAGGGUAGACUGAUGGAUGCUACUGAGGAGAAUAUCAGAUUGGCCUCUGCAGGUCAUGCGAAAGUCAGCUUGCCAUGGCUAGCGACAAAGAAGCCAGUGCCAGAUGAAGGUGGCCACCCUCUGACAGGAUCUUCAGAACAUUAUGCUCUUUACGACCGCUUCCAUGAGGCAAACACAAAAGACAAAAAGGAUGUGUUGCGGAAAAUAGAACUUGUUCCUGAGUUAUGUGGCUGGGUAAAUAGUCAGUGUGCUGAGCAGCUCUUCGGUGGCAUGAGGAAGAAUAAUCAUUUUUUAAAUAUGAUGACCCCCUCAUCCCAUAUAUUUCUAAUGAGGAACAUUUUGCACCAUUACAACAAUCGACGCAAUGCAAAAAGGAUUGAUGACAUGAAGAAAACAUUGGGGAGUGGACUGGAAAUACAGUUGAACUCAAAUGGGCAAACAGUUUCAGCAACAGCAGCCACAACCACAACUUGGACUGCUUCCAUCCCCACACCAUCGGCUGCCUCUGGGAGCACGACCACUUCCAUCCCCACACCAUCGGCUGCCCCCAUCCCAACACCAUCAGCUGCCUCUGGGAGCACGACCACUUCCAUCCCCAUACUAAGUCGUUUUCAAUUGUGCAAUGAAGAUUGUGGUGGCAUGAAACACAUGCUCCACACAAGUGCUGGAAGCAGUGUGACGGACCUCCAGCUCAACAAUGUGUUGGAUAUCCAAAAACCAAAGGAUGAGGUAAUAGGUGUUGUGGGCACCUCGGUUUUAAAAAGACUGGACUUCCUGGAACUUGGGUUAAACAGAGAAGUGGAGGCAACUAUCAUCAACUGCUGUUUGUGGCUGGUGUCACAAAUUGCAGGACACAGGGGAAAGGAUGUUUUUGCUGUGGAUGGCUAUGUCAUUUCCACGUGGAAACAGCCCUUCACUAUGAUACCUAUUCUCUCACUGCCAAUCAGUUGCAGCACGGCUACUGCCUGGACCAUGGGUAUAUGUUAAUAACAAGAAUGUUCCAGCACAAGGAGCAACUGCUGACUGUGGUGUGUUCAUGCUAAUGUACGCACUAUACAUGGCACUGGAGUGGCACUUUGACUUCUCCCAGAAAGAUGUGCCACAACUGAGGAGGUGGUGGUGCCAGCUUCUGCUGGACAACAUUGAACAACAAAGGAAGAGGAAACAUGAGUCCGAGUCCGUAGUCGAAAAGGAAAGGAAGAGAAAAUGGAUGGAGGGAACUGAGCAGACACUACAGCAACCCUUCCCACAAGACACUGCCAUCCAACAUAAAGGAGAGGAAGACUUGGCAGUUUCUAUUGAUACGAAAAUAUAAAAAUUAAAUGUCAGUUGUUUCAGUUGCCAUCUUGCCUGUUGGAGGAGAUCUUUGCCGAGGUUGUCCUGAGCGAUGGAGAUGUGGCAAUACUGACCCUCUCCUUGGUGUGUCACCGCUUCAAAGAAGUGGUGUCAACAGAGCACUUCAGAAGAAAAGCUCAUUUCAUGUGGCUUAACAGUGUUGCAACUUGGAGCAAGUUCACUGAAAGGUACCGAGUAGAGUUUCGCAACAUGUAUUCCCUGGAAACGUGCAGAGAGUGCAACGAGACCUAUAAAAACUGCAUUCCAGGGUCGCGGGGGGGCUGGAGCCUAUCCCAGCUGACAUCGGGCGAGAGGCAGGGUACACCCUGGACAGGUCGCCAGACUAUCACAGGGCUGACACAUAGAGACAAACAACCAUUCACGCUCACAUUCACACCUACGGACAAUUUAGAGUUAUCAAUUAACCUAGUCCCCAAUCUGCAUGUCUUUGGACUGUGGGAGGAAGCCGGAGUGCCCGGAGAGAACCCACGCUGACACGGGGAGAACAUGCAAACUCCGCACAGAAGGGCUCCCACACCCGGGAUCGAACUGGCAACCCUCUUGCUGUGAGGCAAGAGUGCUAACCACCACACCACCGUG